AUGUCUGAUGUGCUGGGAUGGACUUUACUCGGGAUCUUGUUGCUCUCUCUCCUGGUUUUGAUCAUCUCGGUGUAUCUGGUGUAUUCAGGGGUUCUGACUCGGAUCGAGAUUAGAACCGGUUCUGCUCCUGUCAGGUCCAUCACUGUAGCUUAUAAAUAUACACAGGAGGGUUAUAGAGACAAUGCACUGCUGCAGGCUGAAUGCUGCAGAAUAGAUCCUCAUCUGCCCACCAUCAUCAUCUACUAUGAUGAUCCCAAAAAGGUGACCGCUUCUAAGUGCCGGUCUGCAGUGGGCACUAUCCUGACCGAGGGUGACCAGAGACCCAGCGUGGGACAACAGGAGCUCUACAAGAAGUUGGGCUUCCAGAUCUUCACCUUCCCUGAGGUCACCCACGUGGUGUCAUCCUGUUUUCCCUACAGAACUCCGCUUUCGAUUUUCCUUGGGAUGCACACUGUCUACCCUCAGCUGGACGUCUACAUUAAGAAGAGAAAGCUGUGCGCUCACCCCUUCCUGGAGAUCUACAGCAGCCGGCUCAUCCACUACAUCCGCCCGCUGGCCCGACAGAGCCAUUUCUACGUGCCUGAGGUCAGGGGGGCUCCGAAACGACAGCCGGAGGAGGAGGAGGGAUCGGAGGAGGACGGGAGGACUGACAUCACAGGUGGAGACUCCCACAGCGAGUGCAGUUCUGUCAGCCGGACGCCCCCCUCACACAGCAGGGGAUCGUCCCUGUGCCCGUCCGUCACGUACCGCGAGCGCAGAGACUCGGUCUCGGCGGGUUCGGACCGGCGCAGGAGAAGCUCCAGCACGUCGUCUUUCGAGGAACUGCAGCUGGAGACGGGGGGCGCAGUUACGUCCUACGGCGACGGCGGCGAUAAACUCGGCUCUCAGGACCGAGGGCGUGUGGUGGAGGGCGAGGAGUGA